UUCCAUCUUGAUUCAGAUGUUGCUUUAAGCUUAGAAAUAUCAUUGUUUUACUCUCGCAUAUCCAAGGAUCGUGUAGAGCAUAUUUCGAAGCCAGAUGGAUAAAGACAAUUACCAGACGAAGCAUGACAAGUGUAAAUUCUUCUUUCUGCUAAAUGUUCUGCUGGAGGCUGUCGCCAUUGUUGCUGUUGUAUAUUGUACACUCUUUUCCAAUUGUGUGCUGGGCAAUGAAGUCGGAGGCGCAGCGUUCAUAUUCCUAUUACUCAUAUUUUCCGCCUUCAUACCGGAUUUGUUUUAUCUUAUGCUUUCGCACAAAUUGCAUACCUUGGGCAUUGAUCCGCUGGGUGUCAUGUUUAAUUUCAUAAUAGGUGGCUUAUGUGUUUUAAUCGGUAUUAGUCUGAUUAUUAUGGUAUUACUAUGGUACUGUGGCUCCUAUGCGCAAUUCAUAUUGGUAACGGCUGGUGCGUUGAGUGUUUGCUCGGGUGUGUUUCAUUUGAUGAAUGCGUUGAUGGGCAACCAAUUACCGAAAUCAGAGAGGUACUAUAGACAGAGCCAUCGACUCAAAGCACCGAAAGCGCCGAAGCAACCAAAAAAGCCGAAAGAACCAAAAGUGUCUAAAGAACCAAAAGCGUCAAAGGAACCAAAGGCGCCGAAGGAACCAAAAGCACCUAAAGAACCAAAAGCGCGGAAGGAACCGACAACGCAGAAAAAAGUUACAAAGAGUGCACAGAAAUAUGUAAAGAAAGAUGAGAGAAAAGCUGCUAAGAAAAGUGGCCAAACUCGCAAGCAGAUGGUGCAUGAUGCAAAUUUACCGAAAGGUGUACCUUGGGUACUGAUUGUAAUUUAUUUCAUGUGUGGCGCGAUGGAGUUAGCUGGCUUCUUGUGUCUCUUGUUUUAUUUAUCUUCGAUAUGUCUUUUAGGACGCGAAAAUUCUACACGCAUCUGGCUUUCAAUGAAUUGUAUUUUUCCACAAAUAGUACCGGACUUGGUGUUCGCUGUUAGUGGCUUUCGUUUCGUAACUCCCUUCUAUGCACCAGUAGUCGGUGUCUAUAAUAUUGUCGUGGCAAGUCUAUGCAUUUUGUCGGGUAUACUGGCUUUUGCCUCGUUCACAGGCUGUGGAAAUCCCGCUCAACCCUUAGUUCUUCCUGCUGGUUCUGUUGGACUUAUUGCUGGUGGUUUGCAUAUUUUGAUCAUUAAAUUGGUGAUCAAAAAACUUGGUUGAGGUGGCCAAUUUAUUAAAAAAAAACGUUAAUAACGAAAAUAUUAUAUAAGAAAAAAU